UAAGGCUGUAGAUCGCGCUGCGUGAGGCCAUUCUUUGGCAAUUGAUAUAUUGAUAACAUAUUGAUGUGAAGUUAAUUGGAACACCAUGGUUUACUCUAUGAAAUAUACUGUAACCGCUAAUAUAACUCCAAUAUUCCCAGUGUGUAUGUUGAGUGGAUUAAGAGAGACACUGCACUCGGUGCGCUCUUUUCAAAAUGUCAGCUACGUGUUGGCACACGUCCGUUCUAUUCAAACCACCUCCGCUACUCUUAAAACCCAUUAUGAAACUCUGGGUGUCAAAUACACAGCCACUCCCAAACACAUAAAAGCAGCUUACUUCGACCUGGCAAAGAAAUGUCAUCCGGACGUUAAUCCGGGUGACGAGAGCAAAGAACUGUUCCAGAAGAUCAGCCAGGCUUACCAAGUUCUCAGCGAUGAGAAGCUACGGCAGGAGUAUACUGCUAGCUUGGACCACGAGGAGGUCACCUUCAAGUCUGAUGCAUACCGAAACGAAAGUCCUGAAUCUGUUUUCAAGUCAGCAUUUGGAGUGAACUUUGAUGAGAUGUUCAGCGACAGGUUCGGAUAUACAGUUGAGAAGGACAACAUAAGGGAGUAUAUCCUGGGUAUAUCUCUCUUUGAGGCUGUCAUGGGUUCAGCUAAGUAUAUAGAGAUAAACACGCAUCAGAGAUGUAUGAAGUGUAAAGGUUAUGGGGCAGCACAGGGGGCUCCUAGUACUCGGGUGGAUUGUGCCAGAUGUUAUGGCAGUGGUCAAAUUCCAUACAAAAAACCCGUUGAUGUAUCUUGGAUGAAACCGUAUGAAAACCAGAAAUUACCGGAAUUUACUACUUGUGGAGACUGUUUGGGUAAAGGUUAUUACAUAUCUGAACCUUGUUUAAGCUGUAACGGUAUAGGAAGGGUGGAUGUUUGUCAGUGGCAUCCUGUUUCAGUUCCACCAGGGGUCAAACAUGGCCAAGUUCUGAACUGUCCUGGCAUCGACGGUGCACCUAUGUUAAUCACAAUACACAUUAUACAAACACCAGAUAUUCUAUUCGAUUACGAUCAUGAAGACAAUGUCAGAUCAAAGAUAGCGGUACAUUACAGUACGCUGAUCCAAGGUGGUCACGUGCAUGUAAGAACUAUUGAUAACGAAUACCAUACAUUGUACAUUCCUCCAAACACACAGCCGGGUACUGUCAUUGAGUUGGAAGAGUUCGAACCGAUCCACGUGUUUGUUGUUGAGCUGUUCAUGCCCAAGUCUGAUAACUUAACGUCAUAUCUAGAUAAGACUUACAAGCAUAUUCUUGCGGAAGAGGAACGGCAUUUGACUUCGACAGACACUCCUAUAAGUACACACUAUUGUAAAACUAUCAAACUAGACUCGUUGUCGAAGUUUAAAUUAUUUAGGAACGAUGUGUUCAGUUAUACUUUCGUUCCGUUGUAUCGGUUAUUUAUUCAUUGGCCUGUAACUGCUUUGUAUAGUUGGGCUAAACGGACUAAAAAGUUAAACCGAUUCGUUCAGUUUUUAGAUGGCGCUAAGGGUCACACUUUUCAUUAUCCUAUGAACAGGAAGAAUUCGUUGUAGAACUUAAGGCAAUGUUUGCCACUUUGAUAGUAAUUAUGUAAAUGAAAUUUGCGUAGACCUCGGAGCCCGUUCUCCUUUUGAAUGAAA